GUUGGGGUUAGGGUUAGAGUUAGGAGUUAGGGUUAGGUAUAAAGAGAAGGAGAGAUGGGUAGGUGUUAGGUAUAAAGAAAAGAGAGAUGGGUAGGUUUUAGGAGUGAAAAAGGAGAGUGGUUAGGGUUAGGGUAAGGGGUGGGGGAAGGGCGAUAAAAGAGUGUAAAAAAGAAUAUAAGAGGGGUGUGCACGGUCCGUCUAUGGCCCAGCGGGCUCGCACUCACGCCUCAUUGAGGCCCCCCGGAUGUUUGGUCCCCAACUUUGUGAUCCACAGGCGUUCGGCACGCUUCCGUUGGGCCACACUCCAUCUCGCGUUGGUCUGCACAACGCACACCCGAACAGAAGUCCACCCGUGCCGGAUAAAAUGUUGUACCAGCGGCCGGAAGACUUUACCGCUGUGGCGGUUCAAAAGCCAGGGGAUGUGCUGUAGGGGAAUGUUGCUCCUGGUUAAGGGCGGAUUCCCGGGGGGACUGACUCGGGCCCUGAUCAGCAACUCACCCAAGCUAGGAUUUUUGCGGAACGCCGACACCAGACUAUGGAGGGCCUCCAUUUCGUCUCGCGUCAAAUUAGGCGCAACUGCGAGGGCGCAACCCGAAAGGAGCGACGGGUGCUCAUCCGCCAGGACCAGUUUGUGGACCUCUGGAUGUAGCAGACCCGGUGAAGGUUCCCACUCGGACCUCGGGGUGAAAGGUCAAAUUUGACCUGAUGGUGCCAAUCGGAGCUGACGCUAGUGGACGGGACGAAGGUGAGGCCUUUAUCGAGGAGGGAGCGCUGUGCGGAGGUAAGUAUGAAGUUUUUGGAAAGGUUUACAAUGUUUUUGUUGGUGUUGUUGUUGUCGUCGUUGUUGUUGUUGUGUUUGUUUGUGUCACCCCCCCGACAGGUCGGGUUUUUGGGGACGCCAGGUUUAAAUGUUGAAGCCAAUGCUUCAGCAUAUUCCUGGCCGUGUUGUCGGUCCAGUGCAGGUUGUCUCUGCCUGUUGCGAACUCGUCGCUGGAAAGUGCUGGAAUGAAAUGGUAAUUUUUGUGGAUGUAAUUAUUGAUUUGCCGGAGGUUGUCUUUGUGUUCCUCGGGCAAAUUGUCAGAAAAGUUGAGGAGGGGAAUGAAAAUCUCGGCAUUAGGAAAGGUGAUUUUGGCCGUCUUGAAGGCCCUCUGGAGCUGCUUAAAAGUGGUAGACUUGGGGUUUUGCUCUUUGUUGUUGAUGCCGAAAGAUAGAAUGACCAUUUCCACCUCAGCACUGACUUUUGUUUUUUGCAGGAUGGCCUCUGCAUGCCGGAAGUUGGCCCCCGGGUAACUGUCCAUCUGGAGGUCCUGGAGACCGGUGGAUGGAAGGCGACUAAUGUUUGAGUCCCCGAUCACCAGGACCUUCCUGUGAACGGACAGGUGCCAGUCCACCAUCUUACGAGUCGUACUGAUGUGCCUUGUAGGCCUCGUGCGCGGACUCGUUGGCGUGGCAACCUGCGCCCCGUCCGUGUCCCCUGUCGGCUGAGAAGCCGAAGUGACAGCCCUUGUCCUUUUCUGGUUUCCAGUAAAGAACGAGGACCAGCUAGCACGCGCAUCCGGAGCGGACGUGUCCGGAACCGGCGUGACUGGAGGACGAAUGUCUACCAAAGGCACGUCCGGCAGAGGCGCGUCCGGGAGGGGCGCGUCCAGGAGCGAGGAAGUCGAGGUAGGUGGUCUCGGUUGGCUAGAACCAAGUUGGGACCAGCUUGGAGGCGUGUCAAGGGGCAGCUGGGACCACUCUGGAGGCACGUCAAGGGGUGACGCGGGCCGCUCAGGUGAGUGGUGGGAAGUGUCUGGCUGGCCAGGUGUGCCCUGUGCAUUGUCCGCUACAUGGACUAGAGCUGGUAUGUUUUGUUCCACAGGUAGCGGUGGAGCCUCGGAGACUGCAGGAGGGACCCUGACCUCGGUCUCGGCACGCAAAGGCGGACCGGGAGGCGGGACCAGGGGAGCCUCGACAAUGGAGUAGUCGGGAGGACUGCUACAUGGCUCCUGGUGUCGUGUCGCUCUCUGGGGCCUAGCUGACGCCUCAGCCAGAGAAGCAGGCGACAGAACCGGGAAGGGGACCGGGGUAACCGGUCCUCUUGGACCCGGAACCUGUUCCACCACAGGGGACCAAUCUCCGCCCAAAGGGUCGGUCAUGGUAGACACCGUGGCGCGCGCAGGAGCGUGCAGUGUUGGAACCGGCAGCGGCAGCGGCAGCGGUAUGGUGGACACCGUGGCGUGCGCAGGAGCGUGCAAGGUUGGCACCGGCAGGGGCAGCGGCAGCGGGGGCUGCACUACCUCCAUCACCACUCGGGUGCUGGACGGAUCCAAGUGGACUGGUGACCCCGUCUGCUGGGAUCGUGACGGACUACCCCCCUCGUCCACGCCACGAACGUCAACACAGACGGAGAUCACCAGACCCUCGGCGAGCCGCAGUGUCUCGGUGGUCAACCUGCGUCCCAGAUGUGUCCUGGUCCAAGCCGAGGCCACCUGGAAUGGGUCUCUCCAAUUUUGCCCAAUAAAAGCACUCAAUUUGUUGA